AGCCACUUUGGAAAGUACAUAACAUACAUUGAUACCUCCCUCAGAAUGAACUUCUUUUUCUCUCCCUUAUCGGCCUCUUGUCGAAUAAAAUAUCUAAAGUUGUCAAGAAUUGCCUCGACAGCAAAACCGUCAACAUGCCGUCCUCUUUUUUCAAGAAUUAUCGCAUCUAUUUUCUGACGGCCGUGGCUUACAUGGGCUCGUUACUUUUCGGUAGGUUGAUUUAUACUCCAUGCUUUGAGUUCCUCCCAUACUCCAAAUAGCGAAUCAGAAAAGCGGAAAUGACUGACAUAAUUUGGUGCAAAAGGAUAUGAUACCGGUGUGAUGGGCUCUGUUUUAGCCCUUAAAAGUUUCAGAGGCGAUUUCGGACUUCCGCUUGAGUCGACAGGAUUUGGUGGAAGUCAGAAUGCACAGGUUGCUUCGAAUGUUGUUUCACUGCUUACAGCUGGUUGUUUCUUCGGCUCUAUUGCCGCCGCUUACUGCAAUGAUCGAUUUGGAAGAAAAUUCUCUCUCAUCGGGUUCAGCUCUAUUUUCCUCGUCGGUGCCGCUAUUCAAACCAGUGCUAGUCAUAGUAUUGGACAAAUAUAUGCUGGUCGUGUUAUCGCUGGUCUGGGUGUUGGUGGAAUGUCCUCUAUCACUCCUGUUUAUGUUACGGAGAAUGCUCCUCCCGCUAUUAGAGGACGUAUCACAGGAAUGUUUCAAGAGUUCUUGGUUCUCGGUUCAACCUUCGCUUACUGGUUGAACUACGGCGUUGCAUUACACAUUCCCACAUCCACCAAGCAAUGGAGAAUCCCAGUCGCUAUUCAACUCAUCCCUGGUGGAUUCCUCCUAAUCGGUCUACUAUUCUUGAAAGAAUCUCCUAGAUGGCUAGCUAAGCAGGGGAGGUAUGAAGAAGCUACUGCUUCAAUGGCGUGGACCAGAUGUACCACACCAGAAGAUGAGGAAAUUAUGCAAGAAAUUGCCGAGAUCCGUGCAUCCAUUGAAGAAGAACUUGCUGCAACUGAAGGACUUUCCUGGAAAGAGUGUCUCGCACCAGCCAACCGAAUCAGAUUCUUCACAGCUUUCUGUCUUAUGUUCUGGCAACAAUUCUCCGGAACUAACUCUAUUGGAUACUAUGCGCCACAAAUCUUCGAGACCAUCGGUAUCUCGGCAGCUAACACCGCCUUGUUUGCGACCGGUAUUUAUGGUACUGUUAAAGUUAUCACUACCGGUAUCUUUUUGUUCACCGGAAUCGAUACAUUAGGUCGUCGCAAGUCUCUUAUCUUUGGUGCUGCCUGGAUGAUGACCAUGAUGUUUAUCCUGUCUGCUGUCCUCGUUACUCACCCACCCAACACCAAAGCAACCAGCGUCGCACCGGCAUCCAUCGCCAUGGUCGUAAUGAUCUACCUGUACGUCAUUGGAUAUUCUGCAUCUUGGGGUCCUAUCCCAUGGGUUUACGUAUCCGAGAUAUUCCCCACGCGUCUCCGUUCCUAUGGUGUUGGUCUCGCAGCUUCAACUCAAUGGCUAUGUAACUUUGCCGUCACUGAAAUUACACCUAUAGCUGUUUCUAAUAUCGGAUGGAGAACCUUCUUAAUGUUUGGUUUCUUCUGUUUCGGUAUGGGUACUUGGGCUUUCUUCAUUGUCAAGGAGACUAAAGGAAAGACGUUGGAGGAAUUAGAUAUCCUAUUUGGAGCUGUUAAUGCUGAGCAAAGAGCUCAGGAUGUAGAAGCAGUGCUUCAUUCAAAGAAGGAAGUUGUUCACUAUGAGGGUGACGAGUCCGUUGGAAGUAAAGCUGGCACUGUUAGAGUUGAGAACGGUGCUACGGACGAUAAGACUAUUUAGAUGGUUUAUGAUAAUGACUGGGUAAUAUUUAUGAUAGAUGUUAUGUAUACAGAGUCCGACAUCUGCUUGCUUUAUAUUUGGCUGCAGUGUCGUUGAUUAGAGCUCGAUAGAUGAAUGAAUGCUUGAAUAAUGAU